AUGUCACGUCCUUCCAAGGUGGCUAAGCUCGGUAUUGAGCGCUUUAACCAUCAAAUAUCUGCACCUGCGGCUGUACCACUCCAACGUUUAAGGGAAUAUGUUCUCUCUUCAGAUGGUCAUACGAGUUUGCACACUGAGUACAUUCCCAUCCAAAGUCAACCCACCUGUAAUGAGACUGAUCCUGUCGACACUACUCCUGAUUUUCUACACAAGUUAGAUGGCUGGAAUGAGGUACCUCCUGAUGCUGGAGAGACUGAGUAUGAAUUGCCCCACGAAAAGCGGAAACAAACAGCUGCUGAUACACCUAUACUAGUAUGGAUUCCUGAACAUCAGGCAUUCCUUGACGAAUUGCUUCGUCUCGAGGGGCAAGGUGUUGAGUCCCAAUGA